CAAGCCAAGCGGUUUAGUUUUGAACGUACAUCUCUGGCAACAGGACGGUAUUGAUUCUCGUUCAUCAUUCUGUAAUAUAUUUGUCAUAGUGACAAGUUUGAGUUUCUGACAACUACAAAACGAGUGGCUGGAAAAAUCUUGUGCAAUCAGCGUAUUGUCGUCCGUUCGUUUCCGUCCGCAACUCCCCUAAAAAAAAAUGUUUCCGGCCGUCAAGUUAUAUUCUCUGCGCGAGCAGCUUAGUCUGAGCCAUGAUAACGUGUACGACUUUGCAGUAUUUUCGUGGCAAUCAAAACGGAAUCAAGUGUCGGGGCAUUAUCUCAUCUACCGUUUCGUCGUUGCAGCUCUAUUUUUAGCUGUUGUCACCUUCUGUGGGUCGAGAAGUAACCACCCGGAAUACUGGAUGAUUUAUCUCAGCCAUAUUGGACUUAUUCUGCAAACUUUGCAUUUGGCAAUUAGCGCUGCCGUUCCAGUUCAGCUUCUUUUGCUAGCCAGCAGAAAUCGCAUUGACAAUGAAAUGCUUCCUUUGGCACGGCUCUCUUGGUUUCUCUACAACGUCACCAAUCUAUUGAGUUUGGUUAUUUCGGUCGUCUUUUGGGCCGUCCUCUUCACUCCAGGCAAAGGACUGAAAGAUAGAGAUGUCCUUGUCCACGCGCUGAACUCUGUCAUGUCGAUCAGCGAUAUAUUCAUUAGCAAGAGACCGUGUCGUAUGUUGCACUUCCACCAUUCACUGGCUGCAUUAAUACCGUAUGUCACAUUUAGUGCCAUUUAUUGGGCAGCAGGAGGUACAAGAGAAAACGGCCUCUCUUACAUUUACCCGAUUCUCAAUUGGGAGAAUCUUAGCUUAACAGUUCCCUUUCUGAUGAUGGGACUCAUCUUCGGUCUACCCUUUGUUCACGGUAUUAUUUGGAGUCUCCACUUGCUGAGAGAUCGCCUAAUCAGGUGUUGUAAAUGUGACGACCAUCACGAUCAUCAAAGUCAAUGGAACUCUGCUUUCGUUCCAGACGACAAAAGUGCAGAUAGCACAAUUGUGAUUAAAGCCUAAAUUUUCCAUUUAAGCCCAAAUACCCAACGUUCAAGUGCAAAAACUAGUGUCUGUAUUUCAUCAUUGUGGCCAAUUUUAUUUCAAUGAAUCUAUUAUUUGCAUACUGUCGCAUUUAAAAAUCUACCUUCUUUUUUAUUAUCGUGAAAUUGUCGUAAAAUAUCUCCAAUGACUAGCCUUUUGCAAUGAAUUCUGAAAACUUUUGAUCCACUAAUAUGUAUCUCAAGGAAUGACUCGAGGAAUGAUUAAAAUGUAAAAAUCGUAUAAAUAAAGUUUAUUUUAUUAUCGGAA